AUGAAUCAAAUUCUGCGUGUCUGUGACCUUAAUGCGGGAAAAAAAAAUUGUUGUGUGCGCCAUGAAAACAGGGUGGCAUCCCUCGGGGCAGCCUCGGCCAGCUGUUGCAGACAAGCACAACCGGGUGCGGAAGCACCACCGGCAAGAGCAGACACAGCAGUUUCUUCCUCCAACGGGGAAGUCACAGCCAACGGUAACACCGGCGACGGUGAGGCGCGGGCGUCCGGUUGCCAAGAGGCGGGAAGCGGAGGUAGCGGAGGGGCUGGGGACGAAGAAGGUGCCGGCGGCGACUGCGGUGCCCUGGAGGAGGUGCGGCACCAGGUGGCGCAGGAGUACCUGCCCGUCAUGGAGACCAUUCGCGACCAGCUCAUCGCCGAGCUCAAGGGCAUCGACAAGGCGGAGGUGGAGGACAACCGAUUCUCCGUGUCCAUCCACUAUCGGAACUGCGCGAGAGUGGACGUGCCAAGGGUGAAGGAGGUUGUCGAGCGAGUGCAGGCCAGGCACGAGCGCAUCCGGAUGGGCUCGGGCAAGGAGGGCUCUUGCAAAGGAUGA